AUGCUUCUUCCCAAGGGCGGCAUGACCUGGAAGUCCGCCAAAGCACAGUUACCCCCUACCAGGGCGAUAUUGACACUCCUCACGAGGACGCGGUUCCUACUGUCCCUUGCAGUUGUCGGCAUCAUCCUGCUGCUAUGGCGCGGCAUCCGAUCCUCAGCAAACGAGAUGCAAAGUUUCUACUGCUGGGGACCGUCGAAACCACCGAUGGAAAUGACGCUCAAUGAGCAACAAGCGUGGAAUGCCCAUCUCCAAACACCAGUUAUCUUCAACCACCAUGCUCCGAUAGAAGUCAACCAAUCCUCCAUCAUCAACGUCGACCUCAACCCUGUCAAGUCCACACGUCAGGCCAUAACGAAUGAAGAACGCGUUCUCAUUCUCACUCCCCUGAAGGAUGCCUCGCUCUUCCUGUCUAAAUACUUCGAACUUAUUGCGGAACUGACUUAUCCUCACCACUUGAUUGACCUUGCUUUCCUGGUUGGUGACUCUAGCGACAGUACCCUUGCAGUCUUGGCCAUGGAGUUGGAGCGCAUCCAGAAGCGCCCUGACAGGAUUCCUUUCCGCAGCGCCAUGGUGGUGGAAAAGGAUUUCCACUUCCAGCUAAGCCAGUCCGUUGAAGACAGACAUGGUUUCGAAGCCCAAGGACCUCGGCGCAAGGCGAUGGGCAAGGCGCGAAACUACCUCCUAUCAACUGCUCUGAAACCAGAACACUCUUGGGUUUAUUGGCGCGACGUGGAUAUCGAGGACAGCCCCAAGAAGAUUAUUGAGGACUUUAUUGCCCACGACCGAGACAUCAUUGUGCCCAAUAUCUGGUUCCACCGCUACAGAGAUGGCCGCGAUGUGGAGGGACGAUUUGACUACAAUUCCUGGGUCGAGUCCGACAAGGGCCUCAAGCUCGCUGCUAGUCUGAGCAAGGAUACAGUACUCGCUGAAGGAUACAAGCAAUACGAUACUGGACGCCAGUACAUGGCCCGCAUGGGUGACUGGAGAAAUGACAAGGACGAGGAGAUUGAGCUCGACGGUAUCGGUGGUGUCAACAUCCUGGUCAAGGCUGACGUUCACCGUUCGGGCAUCAACUUCCCCUGCUACGCCUUCGAGAACCAAGCCGAGACAGAAGGUUUCGCAAAGAUGGCCAAGCGAGCCGGGUAUGAAGUCAUUGGUCUUCCGAACUACGUUGUCUGGCACGUCGACACUGACGAGAAGCCCGGCAACGCAUAA